AUGGGCAAGACGGGACUACGCCACCCAUUCAACGCCCUAUAUGACACCGGAGAAGAACUGUUCCUCGGAACACGCGACACCAGAGCAUUCGACGGCGUCGGCGUUCUCGUUAACACGAGUAUGCCCAUGAACAUCGAUUCAUUCGAACAACUGACAACGAAUCGGACGUUCACGACUAAAAAAUGUGGAUCAGUACCGGCGUUGACAAUGUAUGCGGCGACAGUAAACUAUGACGAAGAAGAAGUUGAGGCGUUCUAUAUGGAGUUGGAGAAGUUCUACAGAGAAUACCAUACAUUCUUCAUGGUCAUCAUUGUAGAUUUCAACGGCAAGACUGGACCAAGAAGAGGGUUUGAAGAACGUCACAUUGGGAGCAACGGAUUAGGAUGA